AUGGCUCCGAACUACGAGCCGCCUGAGGACCCAUGGGAUCUCGUUCGCUUGGCCAUCGGCUCCCUCGUCGGUGAGUCCUGGCGGGUGAAACAGGCAUUGCGGGAGCCAGCCAAAGCGUGGACCUUGCGGUCACCGCGCUUUUCCUGGUGGGAGGAAUAUCAGAAAUGCCAGUCUUUCGAAGACUUCAAGCGGGCCAUGCCGUUCCGGCCAAACACGGCCAACCUCAUUCACAUCGUGAUCGUGGGUGAUGACGAGCAGCUGCUGAGACUGAUCCACCUCGAGAGCGUUUUGCGACACGUGGAGGUCUUCACCGGCUUCAAGGUGUUGCUGCGAGGCGGCAAAGAUUCGCCGAUACCACGCAUGCGCCUCGCAGCAUCGGGGCAGCGGACCUCAGUGGAUGGUGUGCCGCAGAUUGGGGCUCACUUUGUCCUCGCCUUUCUCCAAAGCUUCCUGGAUCCUCGCGCGGCAUGCACUCUUGCCUUGACACCUGUCGACAUCUAUCCGCCGGAGCACUACGACUACGUCACGGGCAUGACGGAUCCUCAGGAUCGUUUGGGCCUCUACUCUACAUCCAGGUACUUCAGCGCCGGGCACGCGGAGGACUACCACCGGGCCAGCAUCGAUGGCAGUGAUGCAGGCUCAGGGCAUCGUGCAUCAGUCCAUAGCGUUCCGUUCUCCCCGAGUCAGUACUCGAUCGGGCCUCUGUCACCAGGGAGCAGCAGCACGGCUCAGGCGAGAACGAAGCGGUUGGAACUGUCGAAGCUUUUCGCCAAGCUCCUCAGUCGGGAAGUCUUGAAGCUCUGCGGGGUCAAGGAGUGCCAUCUCCUGCAUUGCCUCAUGAACCCUCUGCCCCAGAUCGAUUCGGAGGUGACGCCGGAGGCUGUGUCCCUGUUGCCAUUUUCGCUUUGCUGCGCGUGCCUGCGCAAACUGCAGUGGAUCACACAGGCUGAUCUUCUUGAUCGCUACGCCCGCCUGGCUCCUGUGACGCAUGCUUGGUUCUUCGAGGAGACUCAGUGGCUAUGGGAGCGCAUGGUGCAGGUCGGAAUGCCAACUUCAGUGUGCCUGAGCAUCCCCGAACCCACAGGAAGCAAGUUCAAGUUCGGGCUUCCGAAAAAGAGUGGCAGGGGGCUCAGACCAGCAAUUGGUGCGGAUGCUAUCGCCGAAGGCAACGAAGCAGCCUGA